AUGUGCCGGUGCCGCCAUCCAUCCUGUAUCACGGAAACCGUCUUUCCGCCUUUAACGUGGCUUGAUUCCGAGUGGGAUGAGAUCUGCAGUCUCCCCGUGGCCAGGAACGAGACACACGAUCCGUCCGGGCCGAGAGCUCCUGUGUCGUCGAUGCGUCUGGGGCCUAGAUCGCGCCCGUACCAUCACGGUACGGCUCGCUUGCGCGGUUCGCCAAAUUGCUCAAGAGACUCGUCGUCUGCAGCUACUUGA